AUGGAGGCAAAACUACCACCCAAUAUUCUCUCCUACAUUGCAACCCAUGUUGCUAAAACAGACCGCAUUUCAUGUGCUCUAGUCUGCAAGCUGUGGACUGAACCAUUUCUGGGUGCUUACUGGAGUAAAGUGGCAGUGACCAGAUAUGUCUUGCGAUACAUUUUUGAUCCACUAAAGCAGAGAAAAAUCUACCAAACAAAUGCACACCGCAUGUGGGCUUUGGACAUUAAUCACAUAGCCUAUGAAGAUAUCAAAUACAUUCCAGACUUGCAGAGAGUUUAUCCCAAGAUAAAAUACCUUGAAUGCUACGAAGAUCGAGAUAAUUCUCAUCGGGUUACAGAUUCGGUUAAUUGGAGUCUCUGGAAUUCAUUAACACAUCUGAGCAUAAGUUUAAACUACGAGCCCUUUGAACUCGAAAAAAGUUUCAUAAAACUGUCGGUAUUGUCUGGUCUUGUUCAUUUUACGCUGAAGCCGUCGCGUGGUAGAGACUCUAAUAUAAUUUCAUGGGUACAAUUUGAAUCACUUCACCACAACUUGCCACGGUUGGAAUAUCUAGUAGUUGAAUAUGGUCUUAUACAAAUAUCAAAAGACGAUAUGAGAGUAAUAAAAAGCGUCAAGUCAGCACCCGCUAUUGAAACUCUACUCAUAUUUGAUACUUUUGUUGAUGCUUCAUGGACAGCAUACUUUGCAAUCAAGUAUCCCCACCUACAAAAUCUUAAUUUCAAAUCGUAUUCUUAUGACAAAAUAGCACGCCACUUAAUCUACGAUCAACAACGGUAUCGAGAUCAAGUUGAAAUACUGUCAGCACUUGAUCGAUUCUUUCCCUGUUUAAAAAAAUCAGAAGCAUGCAGCAUUUCUUAUAAUGGAUGGCCGUUCUCUAUAUUCUAUGACACUCUUUAUAACUGUGGCGAACCAAGCAACAUGAAUGGUCUCAAUAGCUGCACCAGACUUAUUUCGGGGUCAUUGAAGUUUAUGCGGGUCUAUGACUAUGCCCUUUCAAAAGACUUUUUCCCAAAACUAGUCGAGCUAUACAUAAAUGUCGAUGGAUAUCGUGUCGAGAUAGAGAAUAUCUUGAAUCAAUUCCCAGUCUUGCGAUCAUUGUAUAUAGAAAAAUCUUCCGUAGAUUUUGGAAAACAUCCACAAUCUAUUAGCAUACAACACUCGUUACAAAGACUGGAAAUCAAAAAUACAAAAGUCGCCUUACGCUUAUUCAACUAUAUAUCCCUUCGUUGUGAACAUCUUAAAUUCGUAAAAUUACACAAUCUUCUUAUUCGAGAUACUGAAUUGGAUGAGAGUGGGCAAGCAAUUUUCGACAUGUCUUUAUUACAGCUAGAGACCCUAAUCGUCUACAACAUCACAUUUAAGUCCAGGGCUGUUAAGCAUCUUAGUCAUACGAUGCAAAUACCCCGAAAAAACUGGUAUCAUGUAUGCUCGGACAAGACAAAUAAAAAGCCAAGGCAUUUGGCAUGGGAACUUGGAAAACGUGAUAUUGAAUUUUCCCAGAGAUACUGCAAAGAUCAUCUACACAGAAGCAACCGUGAAAAACGACGAAAAGAUAUGGAAAGAGAUGAAGAUGGCUAUGUCCUGAAGAGGUUCUGGAAAAGAGAUUUGCAGUAUGAUGUCCUAAUACUACGACUCAAAUCUGUUGAGAAGCAUUUUCUUGAUAAGAAGAGGAUAUUGUAG